AUGUUCCGCUUCCACAGUAGGAGCCGGUCUUUGAUUCCGGUCAAAGACCUUGAAAAGACGGAGAGAAUCCUGAUCUCGGAGAAGAAUGCGCAUAUCGGACAGGAAUCGGGAGAGGAAGAGGAGGAUGUGGAACCCCAAACCGCCGCUCAACGACGGAACCUCACCAUGAUUUACCUCCUCUUCCUCGCCGAGGCCAUCAUGUCUUCUUCUCUCUCCUCCCAGAUCAACAUCCUGCUGCCCUCCACCUCUGCAUGCCUCUCCAUGAACACCUCGUUCUUGCGCAGCAUCCUGCAAUGCGCAUACUACUUUGGCUCCGCUUGCGGUAUCAUGUGGGGACUCGUAGCAGACCGACUAGGUCGGAAAAAGGUCGCGCUGGUGGGAUUGUUUGGCAUGUCUACAUGCUGCAUAUCCAUGGGCUUUGCAACCAGCUUUACGGCCUUUUGCUUGUUACGAUGCCUGGCUGGUGCCAUUGGCGCCGCUGUGACGGUCUCUGCGCUGGCCAUGUUGGCCGAUUCCACGCAUGGAAGUGGCAGCAGAAGGAUUAAGACGGUUGCGAGACUUCCUGUCAUUGCUGUAUGCGGUCAGCUGGGUCCACUUUUGGCGAACUGGAUUCGCAAGUCUGCGCAGGAGAACUUUGAGGGCAUCUUUGUGAGAUUCCCGGGAUUGGGUGGGCAGAUUGCCUGUGGCGCUCUGGUGCUCUCGAUCACUCUUGCGCAAGUGUUGCUCCUGGACGAGGUGAGAUUGAUAUGGCCUGUGAGCUGAACGGAAACAAUACUGAUACAGCUUCAGACACUCCCCGGCAGUACAGAGGAGACGGUCGAGGAGGAGUAUGUCGACUGCGAGAAGGCCGCAUUCCUAGGCCAACGCCAAUCCACCGACUCCAACGAUUCUCUGGCCAUCAGCAUAAUCGAUGCCUUGAACGAUGACUCUGCCACCCCGCGACCAUCCAAAAUCAGCAUUGGACAGAUGCUGACCGCGCCCUCAGUCCUUCUCUUGCUGGCAUCCUAUUCAGUGCUGUCACUGCACUCCUCUACCUUCGAGGUCAUCCUACCACACAUCGCGCACACCGAUACCAACAACGGCGGAAUGGGCCUGCCGUGCUCCUGGUUGCAGCCGGUCAUGCUCGUCGUCAAGAUCAUUGCCGCGUUGCGCGUCAUGCACUUCGUUCCUUUCCUUGUGAGCAAGAUCGGUCUUCUGCCUAUGUAUAGGCGGUAAGUUAUACCCUGAGAUGCGCUUCAAAUUCUGAACACCUCACUGACUCUGCCCUCAGCAUCUCGACUGUCUUCCCCGCUCUCUAUGUUGUCAUUCCUGCAGUGGCCCUGACCGUCAAUGCUACGGGUGCCUCGGCCCUCCUUUCCGCUCUCGUCAGCACGCUGGCGACUCUGGCCAAGACUACGCUCGCAGGCGCAGCUCAAGUCUUGGUCCUGCUCCUCGUCCUCUCCGCCGCACCGGAUGCUUCUUCUACUGGGACUCUGAUCGGAGUCGUUUCCAUUUCCGAACUUUUCAAGGCCUUGGCUGUUGGCCUCACCGGAAUCAGCUAUUUCCUUUCCGACGACUAUUCGAUGCUCGUCGUCAAUGGUUCUCUCUGGGCCGCCCUCGCCUUCAUCGCCAUCGUUGGUGCCUUCAUCACCAGGACCUUGAGGGAAACCCCGAGACUUGGCGCAGAUUUGCCUGCUUCGUGCUUCGUUUGGCAGGGUAUGUUUGAUGCGGAGAGCGACGAAGAGGUUGGAUUCUAG